UUUUUCGAUAAUUUGCCAAUGUGAUUUUUGCAUGUUUUGGCGAAACUUUAUUAAUUGUGGUUGAUUCGGAAACUUAAAAAUGAAUAGCUUAGCGUUAAAUAUGUUAGUGAGAGAAAUUAGUGAGGAAGAAAGGCAACAAACAAACGCGCAACGAGUGGCGAGGAGGAAACUGCGCGACUUGAUGAACCCCUUGGAGUUGCCUCAACCUUUAUUUGAAAAGUAUUUCAGGUUGAAUAAACCGGCGUUUGAAUACUUGCUAGAAGUGGUAACGACUCAUACACAGCCAGGUAGGAAGCAGUUUGCUGUUACACCUAUAGUGAAGUUGAGCACCUGUUUGCGCUUUUUUGCGGAAGGUGGUUAUCAGACGGGUGUGGGAAAAGACCACGACGUUGGACUAGCGCAGUCUAGUUUCUCCAAAGCACUCGCCGACGUGCUACGUAUAUUUGAGACGUAUCUGUGCCCACGGUGGGUACAGUUUCCAGUGACAGCGGAAGAAAAAAGCCAAAUGCGACUGCUUUUUUAUGUUAAACAUAAAAUUCCAGCUGUUGUCGGUUGUGUAGAUGGAACACACGUUAAAAUAAUCGCACCAUCCGAAAAUGCUCACCUGUACUACAACAGAAAAGGAUACUACAGUUUGAAUUUUAUGUUGGUGUGUGACCAGGAACUAAAAAUUCGCUACGUCGAUGCUUCUCAUCCGGGUACUAGUCAUGACUCGCUAUUUUGGAACGUUAGCGAUUUACGUUCACAUUUUGAGACCGAAUUUUAG